UUAACGCCACGAGCUAAAACCCUACUGCCUUCUUAGCGGUCUGUCUCCGCAAAAUGCUCGCUCGCCUCUGUCGUCCACUCCGCCUCCGCUUCCUAUCAAAAACCUUAGCUUUCGCAAACCAGCCAUUCUCUUCAACUCGUCCUAUCUGCCACUUCUCGUCCGCUUCUCUACCUCACUCUCCUCCUCAGGCUCGCGCUUCAAAUAUUUGGACCCUUUUUGAUCAUCGCAGGUCUUUCUCGAGUAAUCGAGGAGCGGGCGGCGGUAAUGGCGACGACACCUGGAAGCUUACGGCAGAAUCUGAGGAGCCGGAUUCCAUCUUUGAGCUGGAGGAAGGGGGCCUCUCUGGAAUCGGGGAGGGCGCCGAGGAUGCGUUCGGAUCGGGCGAGGUAGAGACCAAGACCGGCGGAACCGUUAUCAAACGAGGAAGUCCUUGGGAUGAAAACUCUUCCGGUGAUUUGGAGAGUGAUGUAUUUGAGGGCGUUGAUCGGGGGAUCGCGUCGAAAGAUGGAGGCGGAGAUGUUCUGUGGGAGACUGCCGAGGGCUACAAGCAAUGGACCAUGGGUGAUGAUGAUGAAAAGGGUGAUGUUUUCGGUAUUGGGGAGGAUGUGGGGGCGAUAGAAGGGCUUGAGGGGGAAGGGAUUGAUGAGUUCGAGAAGGAGAGGAAUGAAGAGCAGGAGAAGUUGCAUCAAAGAGAGCAGGAGCUGCUUGCUACUCUAAAUGGUCCAAAUCGUGCAUUCGGAGAUUUGAUUGCAGCAUCUGGAAUAACAGAGGAUAUGAUUGAUAGUUUAAUUCUUUUAAGGGAUGUUAGAGGCAUUAAGGGUCUGCCUCCCCUUAGCGAAAUAGAAGACAAGGCCAUAGCAAAGUUGAAUGCUACUUCUUCAAGAGCUGAGGUUGAGCGUAAGAAACAAGAAGAAAUCACAAAAGCACGCGUAAGAAAAGUUGAUGAGAAAGGAAGGGCUUAUGGAACUGGACGAAGGAAAUGUAGUGUAGCUCGUGUUUGGGUUCAACCAGGUGAUGGCAAAUUUUUAGUGAAUGAUAAGCAGUUUGACGCAUAUUUUCCCAUUCUUGAUCAUCGCGCUGAUCUUCUUCGACCAUUUACUGUGACAAAUUCAUUGGGCCUGUGGGAUGUCACUUGUACUGUGAAAGGAGGAGGCGUCUCAGGUCAAGUGGGAGCUGUUCGUCUUGGAAUUAGCAGGGCCUUGCAAAGCUGGGAACCAGGGCUUAGGCCAUACCUUAAAGCAGCUGGCUUCUUAACAAGAGAUCCUCGUGCUGUCGAAAGGAAAAAGCCUGGUAAGGCAAAAGCACGAAAGAGCUUCCAGUGGGUCAAGCGAUGAGAGCCCAAUGAUGUUAUUAUUAGAGCGUUUAUUGCUGUUUGAAUAAACAGCUUUCCAUUCAUCAGAUCAUUGAGCAAAAAUCAUUUACAGCCUCUGCAAACAAAACUGCUAAAAACCAGUGCCUUCAGUUCUAUGGUUUAAUGCCUUGGGAAUGAUAACUGCUGGUAGGAGUUCUAUAGAGGAAAGCCAUGUUUAGAUUUAUUAUUUUGAGAUGUUCAACACAGAUUUUGAUUGCCAUGUUUAUCUAUUGACUAAAGAGGAGGAGAUGGAAUGUUAUCUAUUCAAGUUUUGGGUAUUUUUGCUUUACAAAUUAUUAAAGUU